AUGAGUUCUAAAAAGAAAUCUACUAUAAUUUUAUCACAUUCAGGUAAAACUACCAUACCUGAGUCAACUAACACAAAAGAACAAAAUAAUGCAAAAUCAAACAAAUAUAACCCUUUCAAUUUCUUUAGAAUGAAAGGGUAUGGUAUGCCAACAACUUUAGAAGAACAAUUAACAAAAAAAGAACUGCGAAUAUCUUCAGAACAAAAAACUCCAUAUAACAUAAAUAGAAAUGUUAUACUAUUUGUAUAUUUUGCAUUAAUUGUUUUAACAAAUCGUUUAUUUUUUGGAUGGCCAAAUUUAUCUAAUUUAUUAUUUAGAGAGGAUACAUAUAUAUGGAAAUGUAAAAAAAAUGCUGAUGGUACUUACGAUAGAUUACCAGAUAAAAGAUAUGUGUGCGAUGAUCAAGAUAAAGCAGUACAAACAAUUUUCGUUUUUGGUUCUUCUGCAUAUUUUGCCUUUUCAUUUUUCAACGGAUUGAUAGUUGACUAUUUAGGUUCAAGAUUCAGUAUGUUAUUAGGCCAUAUUUUAAAUUUAAUUGGAUGGAUAUUAAUGCUUGUAUCAAAUGAAAAUUUUGAUGCUUAUGUUAUUGGAGGUAUAUUUAUGUCAGCUAGUAUUGAUUUAGCUUCUUUUUCUACUUUAAAUGCAUCAGGAUUAUAUCCAGGUAAUGAAAAUUUAAUUGUUAAUAUAAUUUCGGGUGCUGGAUCUUUAUCUACAGGUACUAUGACAAUUCUCGAUUUAAUAAUAAGUGGGCUAAACUUGUCUUUCAAAGCUUUUAUGAUGUGGUAUAUAUGCAUUAGUGUUGGAUUUUUUUUUAUAUUAACUAUUUUCCUUUUCCCUAGAACCAGAUAUUUUAGGCAAUAUGAAAUUGAUAAUUAUUAUAAAAAUAAAGAAAUAAGUUUAACAGAAAAAGGUGAAGUAAAUAUAUUAAAAAAGGGUAAUGAAUAUGAUUAUGCAUUGCAGAAAGUUGAUCUACAUGAAGAUGUAGAAAUGGAGAGUAUUAAUCAAAGUAAAGGAGAUUAUAAUGAAGUAGAAGCGAUUGGAAAUAAAAAACUAGAGGAUUAUGCUAGUACAAAUAAUAGUAGUAUUACUUCGAAAAAAAAUUUAAAACUAUUUAAAUAUACUACAUUUAGGGAUUUAUUCAAUAUUUUUACGUGUGCUCACUUUUUAUGUUUAUGGAUAUAUGGGCCUUUAAAUGCUAUUUAUAACACUUUCUAUUAUAGUGUUGUGGAGAAUAUUUUAUCAAAAGAUAAAAAUGAUAUACUUGGUUAUAUUUUACCAUUUUCUUUUAUACCAUGUGUAAUAUUGGGAAAUAUAACAGACAAAUUUGGUGUUAUGAUUAUGUUUGCUUAUGAAUUAAUUUUUGCAUUUUCUAUGUAUGCUUUUAGUUAUUCCAAAUCAAGUUUAGCCCAAUGGAUAUCGGUAAUUUCAAACACUUUAUAUUCAGCUUGUGCAAACGGCCAAUUGUGGACAUUCAUAUCUUAUACUUUUAGUUCAAAAUAUCAUUCAACUCUCAUUGGAUUCUUAAAUUUUGUUUGUGGUAUUAUGUCUUUUGCUCGUUUGCUAUUGUUUGAAUGGGCUAAAUAUAGCAAUUAUGAUUUUACUUAUAUCAAUUUACUUAUUUUAUGUAUGAUUGGUGUUAACAUAGCCUUAGCUAUUGUUCUUGUAUUUAUAAGAAAAAUUAAGGGAGAAAAAGUUACGUAUGGAGAUGAAAAUAUAUCAAAGUAA